GCUCCACCUUGUGCUUUGGGCACAGUUUUCUUAAGAUCUCAGCGGCUUCCUCGUCAGGAACUCGGGGCCUGCGCUGAUUCCACCACUGCUUGGGAUCCCCGCCACUUCAGCGAUAUAAAGUCGCUGGAUGACACGGUCCCUCUCAUAUUCCGUUCCGAUGCUCCUUCCAUUCUUCAGGCAUCAGAAAGGAAGGAAAUUCACCCAACUUUCAAACUUGGUGACGAUUUCUGUUUGAGAAAGGAGCUGGAAGCCGCUAUCACGGGCCCAGGUUUCACGUCUCUCGCUCCUUGCCAGCGGACUAAUCUGUCGGGGCUACAUUCGCUCAGAGAAGACCCAAAUGGGCAAAUGAUGGAUGACAAAUUAGAUGAAAAAGAAGAUGCUCAAGGGAAAGCAAAAGUCAAAGACACUUCACUUGAGAGCCACAGCGGUAGCCAACAAACCCCUCUUGAUCUACGCCAUUACCGAAUUACAGAGGAUUUAUCUGCUAGCUUUGAAGCAGGUCUGAUGGCCAGCCUUGUCGCUGCAGCCUCGGGCCUGCCAAUUGCCACGGACGAAGAUGAUGGGGAAAAAGAUCACUGGACAGAGGAGCCGGAUGAUGGAAUUGGAAUGGAUACUGGCAAUCUUGACCGGGCUUCCCUCGUGAAUAAUAAAAGUUUUGCAGUUUCUUUCCUGAGCCAAACGGCCCAAAAGGUUAGAAUUAUCCAACAAACUAAUGGCAUCGGGUUCACAGGGGUCAUGCUGUUUUUUGGUAGGCUAAAAUAUGGAGUCCUCUUGCCAGUAUUUUGA